CUCCCUUUCCAGGGCCCGGGGCCCGAGGCCGGGGCCCGGCGCCCCGUCAGGCCCCGCCGUCUUCGCCUUCCCGGCCUUCCUGCCGUCCCGGCCAUGUCGCAGAGGUCAGUGACAUUCAGAGAUGUGGCCAUAGACUUCUCCCAGGAGGAGUGGAAAUGGCUUCAACCUGCCCAGAGAGAUCUGUACAGAUGUGUGAUGUUGGAGAACUAUGGCCAUCUGGUUUCGCUGGCAGGUCUUUCCAUUUCUAAGCCAGAUUUGGUUUCCCUAUUGGAGCAAGGGAAAGAGCCGUGGCUGGGGAAAGGAGAUAUAAGAAGAAAUCUUUUUUCAGCUUCACCUUCUCAGGAUUCUCUUGUUAUUCAAGAAAGUGCCAUCGAGGACAAGAAGGGCAUGGAAGCUGAAUGGCUAAGUGCCCGGUCCCAGACACUGGUGACCUUCAGGGAUGUGCUUGUGGACUUCACCGAGGAGGAGUGGAAGCUGCUGGACACAGUUCAGCAGAUGAUAUACAAGGAUGUGAUGCUGGAAAACUAUAAGAACCUGCUUUCCUUGGGGCAUCCACUUCCUAAGCCAGACGUGAUCCUUCGGCUGGAGAAAGGGGAAGAGCCCUGGCUGGUGGAGAGAGGGUUUCGUUACAAGGCUCAUUCAGAUUCUGAGACUGAAGUUGAAAUUAAAUCAUCAGUUUCCAGUAGGAACAUUUCUAAAGAUGAGCAAUGCUGUGACAUUAAGAUGGAAGGAACAUCAGGGGAUGAUCUCUGGUAUUUAUCAUUAGAAGAAGUCUGGAAAAGUGAAGACCAGGUGGACAAAUAUCAGCAAAACCAAGAGAGACAUUUGAGGCAGGUGGCAUUCACCCAGAAGAAAUUACUUUCUCAGGAAAGAGUAUGUGAAAGUGGUAAAUAUGGAGGAAACUGUCUUCUUCCUGCUCAGCUAGUACUGAGGGAGUAUUUCCAUAGACGUGACUCAAAUCCUAAAAGUUUAAAACGUGAUUCAGUUUGUAGUGGUCAUCAGGAAAGCCCUGCAGGUCACAGUGAUGAAUGUGGUCAAACCUUCUGUCAAAACAUUCAUCUUAUUCAGUUUGCAAGAACUCACACAGGAGAGAAAGCUUACGAAUGUGCUGAUAAGGAUAAUUCUCUGAACCAUGGUACAUCUCUUGGUAUAACGAAGGUCAUACAUAGAGAGAAACCCUAUGAAUGUAAGGAAUGUGGGAAAUGCUUCAGCUGGCGCUCUAAUCUUACCAGGCACCAGCUUAUUCAUACUGGAGAGAAACCCUAUGAAUGUAAAGAAUGUGGGAAGUCUUUCAGCCGCAGCUCUCACCUCAUUGGACAUCAAAAGACUCAUACUGGUGAGGAACCUUAUGAAUGUAAAGAAUGUGGAAAAUCCUUUAGCUGGUUGUCUCACCUUGUUACCCACCAGAGAACUCACACUGGAGACAAACUAUACACCUGUAACCAGUGUGGGAAAUCUUUUGUUCAUAGCUCUAGGCUUAUUAGGCACCAGAGAACUCAUACUGGAGAGAAACCCUAUGAAUGUCCUGAAUGUGGCAAAUCUUUCAGACAGAGCACACAUCUCAUUCUGCAUCAGAGAACUCAUGUGAGAGUGAGGCCCUACGAAUGUAAUGAAUGUGGGAAGUCUUACAGCCAGAGAUCUCACCUUGUUGUGCAUCAUAGAAUUCACACUGGACUAAAACCUUUCGAGUGUAAAGAUUGUGGGAAAUGCUUUAGUCGAAGCUCUCACCUUUUCUCACACCAGAGGAUCCACACUGGAGAGAAACCAUAUGAAUGCCACGAUUGUGGGAAAUCCUUCAGCCAGAGUUCUGCCCUUAUUGUACAUCAGAGAAUUCAUACUGGAGAAAAACCAUACGAAUGUUGUCAGUGUGGGAAAGCCUUCAUCCGGAAGAAUGACCUCAUUAAGCAUCAGAGAAUUCAUGUUGGAGAAGAGACCUAUAAAUGUAAUCAGUGUGGCAUUAUCUUCAGCCAGAAUUCUCCAUUUAUAGUACAUCAAAUAUCUCAUACUGGAGAGCGGUUCUUAACAUGUAAUCAGUGUGGAACAGCACUUGUUAACAGCUCUAACAUUAUUAGAUAUCGGAGAAAUCAUAUUAGAGAAAAUACUAACAUCAUGAAUAUAGAAAACUCAUAAGGAGUAAUCACUUCAUUUUGUGUUGCUGAUCUUAUGAAGUGAGGCUGUACAAAGGGGAUCCAUGUGGAAAUGCUUUGAAAUUUGUCACUACCCUAUUGCACACCAGAGUUGGUCUUGGAGAGGGGAACUAUACAGAUAUUUCAGUACAAAAAUAUAUCAGAUUUUCUUUCCAUAAAUUCCUAAUAAAGUAAUUGGGAUGGGAUUGUUCUCGACUAAACUUUAAGUUCUACAACCUGAGAAGGAACCAGUAAGUAGGUGAAAUAUUGAAAUACAACACACUGCAUUAUCUUAUUCAAUAAGGUAAAUGAAAAAAUAUGCUACUGAAGAGAGUGUUACUGAGAAUUAAUAAAUUAAUGACUGUUACUGCACUAAGAAAAGGAAAAGUAGUAAUCCAGUGAAUUAGUAUGACAUUGUUUACUGGAUUGUGGCCCUCUUCCUGGGAUACUUAGUGCUUAGUAUGUUUUAUGUGUCUUGUAUAAACUACAUUUUGAUUAGAAACAUGGGAAAUGCUUAUAAUGUAACUUAAACAUUUUGGGGAGUGGACAUUUGGCAUAGCAGUUAAAACUCCAAUUGGGCUACCCACAUCCUAUAUCAAAGUGCCUGGCUUUUCUCCCGGUUCCAGCUUCGUAUUGGUGCAUACCCUGAGAAGCUGGGGUGAUGGUUCAAGUAGUUGGGUCCCUGCCAUUCAUGUGGGAGAUCUGGAUUGAGUUCCUGACUCCAGAGGAUUGAACCAACACAUGGAAUCUCUUCCCACCUCUCAAAUAUAUUUGCAUGUGAGCAAGAAUUCAAAGUAUAGAGAAUUGAGUUUUAGCUGAUGAGAUUACAAAUUUUAUAGUCUAGUGUUGAUGUAGUUAUUUUAAGACAUUUUCAAAUACUCAGAAAGGUUAUCUAGUAUUGUCUAUGCUAUUAAGGACUCUUGAGGACCACCUGCUGGCAAACUUUCCUUUUCUAAGUUGUCUGGGGUCACAGAGUUCCAGUCUUUGAGACCUGGUGUGAAAGGAUCUUGAAGCAUAGAGGGGUAUUCAGCAUGUGGAUGGAUCAGGGAGAGUCUCAAUUUGAGUGGGAUUUGGUGCUUGAGAGUAUCUGUCCAAAGACAUCCUUUCUCUCAAGGAAUUCUUAUAUUUAUGAAGGAAACAUGGGCUGAGAGCAUAGACCUGAGUUGGAAUACUCAAGUUUAAAUCCCACCUCUGUACCCGACUAGAUGAGCCAUUUUGGGCAUGCUGCUUAGUUUACUUGUGCCUCACUGAAACUUUCCAUAAAUUAGACAAUAAUUAUACUUACUCAUAUGAUUGUGGUGGGAGUAAUAAAUGACUAGAGCUCAGAUUAGUACCUGAUACAUAGAAUGACAUUAUCAUUAGUAGCUGCACUGGUGGUUAUUGCCCCAGUCCAGUGUCUGUCAUUUAAUUUAAACUUGCUUGCAUACUUUUGUGUCCUUUUUUUAUGCUUUCUCACUUCCAAUCGUACAUGGUUUUCCCUUUUGCCUAAAUCAUAAUUUGACAAAUAGUGAUGUCUGAUUUCAUUUUUGAGGAACAGUAAACAACUUUGAAUACUGUCAGUAAAAUUGACCUGUUUGUAUGAGGUUUUUCCAUUCUAGGUAGAGGAUCCUGAUCUUCAGGAAGAGGAUCUGUUGUAACUUUCUUUAAUUCAAUGAAUGAAUCCCAUGUGUAGGGACUGAGCAUGAUUUGCCAUUUUUCUAGCGUAUGUACUAUAUGUUCAGUAGAUGUUGAAUGAUAAAUGAAUAGUGUUACUGCUUCCUGGAAAGAAAUCUUGAUAGAUCACCCAGGAAAAAUCUAGAAAUGGUGGCUGGGAUCAUGAGCUAUAAGGUUGUGAUGAGGCCAUCUAACUCAUACUCUUAGUAGUAUGGUUGAGAUACAGUGAAUAGGGUUGUCAAAUUUUCAGUGAAGUGAGAUCCAGCACUAGAUCCUAGGUUCCUCAUUUCCUACUCUCAAUACUUAAAUACUCAAAGUGUAUAACAUGUUCUGCAAUUUUCAUUAUAACCAGUGGUUCAUUCUAAGAGUAUCCUCAUAAGAAGGUAUCAAAAUUUCUGAUAACUUAUGGCUCAUUUUCCCCAACUGUAUGACAGGGAUACAACUAAUAGCUAUUUCAGAGGGUUAUUGUGUAGAUUAAGUGAAAUAAUUUGGAUAAAGCACUUUAAAAAGUGCCUGGUUCAGAGUAGGUGCUAUGUGUGUGAGAUACUAAUAUUGUUAAGACCCUAUGUGGGGGGGGGGGGGCAGUGCUGCAGUGCAGCAGGUUAAGCCACUGUCUGUGACACUGAUAUCCCAUAUUGGCACCAGUUUGAUUCCCAACUGCUCUGCUUCUGAUCCAGCUCCCUGCUAAUGAAUUUGGGAAACAGUGGAAGAUGGCCCAAGCACUUGUGGGAGACCCAGAAGAAGCUCUUGGCUUAUGGCUUUGGUCUGGCCCAGCUCCAGCCAUUGCAGCCAUUUGGGGAGUGGACCAGCGGGAUGGAAGAUCAAUCUUUCUCUAUCUCUCUUCUCUCCUCCCUUCUCUUAUCUGUAACUCUGCCUUUCAAAUAAGAUAAAAGAUUUUUUAAAAGGACUCUAAAGGUUCCUAACCUGUAAUGUGGACAGAGAUACAUGUGGGUUAUCAUGGAACUUUUGCUUGUAAGUGCAUUUCCCCCCAAAAUGUAAUGAUUUAUGGCAUAUCCGUUUAGUGAUAUUUUGCAGACAUUAAAAUUGCAUUUGAUAGCAUAAGUUUGAUUACAUAUGAAAAAUGGUGGUGUCAAGUGUUGUGAAGAAAGCAUAGUAUAAUUGUCAAUAUGGAGUAAGCUCAAAUACGUAGACUUAAAUCCAUUGUGGGGGAAAAAGUUCAAAACUAAGUAUACACAAUUAUCUGACAAAGACUUGUAUCCAGAAUAUAUAGAACCCUUACUAAGGAGACAUACCGAUUUUUUUUUUUAAGUCUAGUGGAUUUUAAAAGAUGCUUGGCACACAAGAAAUUCCUCCAAGUGGCCAUUAAACACGCAAAAAGAUGUUCAACGUCAUUAGGGAAAUGCAAACUAAGCCCCAGUAGCAUGGCUAAGAGAAACUUACAGAAUGCUAAGUGUUCAGGUUGGAAAAACUAGAAUGUACACAUUGCUGGUGAGAUUGUAUAUGUUGGAAACCAGACUGGCAGAUCCUCAAAAUAUUAAAUAUACAGUUACCAUAGGAUCCUUUAACUCCAGUAAGUUAUAUGCCCAAGGGAAAUGGAACCAUAUUCAUGGGAAACCCGUACAAGAGGGGUGGACGUUGUGCGACAUCUGGUUAAGCUAUGGCUCGGGAUGCCUGCAUUCCAUAUGACAGUGCCUGUGCUCAGGUCCCACCUUCUGAUCCAGCUUCCUGCUUACCCACCUGGGUGGGGGGGAGGCAGAUGAUGACCCAAGUUCUUGGGCUCCUGCCACCCACAUGGGAGACCCAGAUGGGAUUCCUGGCUCCUAGUGGCAGCCUGGCCCAGCCCUGGCUCUUGUGGGUGUUUGGGGAGUGAACCAAGCAAAGGAAAAUCUCACUUCUGUUCUGCCUUUCAAGUGUGAAAAACAACAAAAGUGCAUAAAUGUUCAACAUUAUUCAUAGCCUGAAUGCACAGAGAUGUGUUUGAUAAUUUAUGAGAUAUGAAUGGCUAGUCAGAUUGUGGUAUAGUGCUACAAUGGGCGUCCUACUCAGCAAUAAAUUACAGCAAACUAUUGAUGUAAGCAACAAACAGGAUGGGCACAUCUUGAAGAGGAAGAAGUCAGACAAAAGAGUACGAUCUGUGUUCCAGUCAUAAGACUAAAAAGUUGGUUAUGUGGUAGGUAAACCAGUGGUUGAGACUGGGGAUGGGAGAGCUGUUGGCUGCAGAGACCAUAAGGGAACCAUUGGAAAUGAUCCACAUAUUGGUUCUGGUGGUGUUUACCUCACUUAAUUUGUCAUACUCACUGUGAGUAGAUCCAGUUUUAUGUAAAUUUUCUCUCAA